GACUUGAAUCAAACUUAAAUGGAUUUAAACUUCUUUUUUCAUCGUUUUUAAUUGUGUCAUUUAUUAUUCAUCAACAUGAAUUUGCGUUUAGUGUUCAUAACAAUUAUAUUGAUUGAAGUUUAUUUCGAAUUUUCCGCGUGUAGUUUUGCAGAAAUUAACGGAUGUCGACUAUCGAACGAUCUAAAAAAUAUUACUUUCGUUUGCCACAACUCGGAAAAAGAUAUAAUUGAUAAAAUCGCGAAUGAGAAAAUUGUACCAAAUUAUUACUGCAAUAACCUUUUUGGUGAAGGAAAUAAUAUAUUGACGAAUAGAACCGCAGUUAAAGAAAUGCAUUUUCUCAACUGCGAAUUAAAGGUGAUUCCGAAUAUAAUAUUCCAACAUUUCACCAAUUACCAAAUUCUUGUCACAUCGGGUUUGGGCUUGGAGGAAGUAAGACCAUUAUACGUAAAUGCUUCAUCAAAAUUGACAACGUUAUUGGCAUCGCAUGACAAAAUAGAACGCAUCCCAGGACAUUUUCCAAGUCACAUUAAAGUGAUUGAUUUAUCGUACAAUCAUAUUGGUGGAAUCGUUAAAGCCUCAUUCGACGAAGGAAGCAAAUUACAACGCUUAAAUAUUUCGUUCAACAACAUCAAUGGCUUGGAUGACAAUUUAUUUAAAAACCUCUCGGAACUACGUUAUUUGAGCUUAUCGCACAACCAAAUACAAACAAUUCCAUCGAAGCUUUUUUCCAACAACGAAAAACUCACCGAGAUUAAUUUAUCCAAUAACAGCAUCGAUCAAUUCAGUUCAGAUGUGUUCGCUAAUCGCGGAAGUGAUUUGAAAAUACUCGAUUUAUCAUGGAAUAAAAUCACGGAGUUGACCGAACAACUAUUUGAAAAAACCAUGGGUUUGAAAGUUUUGAACAUUUCUAAUAAUUAUUUAACGGGAAUUCCGCACGAUUUUCUGAUAAAAGUCACAAAUUUGGAUAUCAUCGACUUAUCGUUCAAUAAAAUUAGUGAAAUUGGUGCGAAUGCGUUCCCUUCGAUGAAAUCAUUAAAUUUGUCCAACAAUGGAAUCAGUGAAUUGAAGAACGAGUCAUUCGCUGGAUUUGAUAAAUUAGUAAGUCUGCAGUUUGCACACAAUCAGAUCGCUAGCAUACCAAUCGAAAUGAUAAAAAUGGCCGUAAAUUUGAUUGAAGUUAAUUUAUCGUUCAAUAAUUUAGAUAAAAUUGAACUCUUAGAAUUUCCGGAUGAAUCAAAAUUACGAUUACUAGAUCUCUCACACAAUAAAUUUGUCCACUUCGAUACGCCGUUCUUACGAAAUCUAGUAGAAUUAGGCCAUCUUGAUAUUUCAUGGAAUCGCAUCGAAAAUUUGUCGGCUGAAGUGUUUCAAAGCCUUCAAAAUUUGGUAUAUUUGGGCAUGUCAAACAAUCCGAUAAAAGAAGUGAAUGACAACCUGUUCUCGCAACUGAUAAACCUUCGACACUUGAAUUUAUCGAGUAUGUACCUAUCGAAAUUACUACCGGGAACAUUUUCGAAUCAAACAGCUUUGGAAGACGUCGAUUUGUCAUUCAAUAAAAUUACCAGCCUAAAUUCAUCCAUAUUUCCACCAUUACCAAAUCAGUUGAAAUUGAUUUCCAUUCGAAAUAAUACGUUAGAACAACUGGUUGGCUUUAAAUCAUAUCCAAACACAACGAAAAUUCAAAUUGAUGGAUAUUAUUGCGAAGAUUGGAACUACCUGUUGCCGCAGCUGAAAUGGUACAAUUCAUCGAAACCAUUGCCUUGUGUUCCGAAACCAUCCGCUAAGAAGACAAUAGUGAAUCCAAACACUUGGAUAUUAAUCGUAGGCAUCACAGUUCCAGUUGUCAUCAUUAUUAUUGCUGCUGGAUUACUUUGGCGCUUUUAUUGUCAGAAGAAAAUUGAAGAAAGUUUAGAUCACUCUGGUCUUAGCUACGUUCGUAGUUUGGCCACUGAAUUUGAUUAUAAGCCACUUGAGGAAUUUAAUUGAAUAUAAAACAACCCAAGCGAAAGAGUACGAUGAGGUUCUAUCAUGACGAUAAAUUUCAUCGUACACAGUAAACACGAUGGUUCUAACGUUUAGAACCACAAUAUGAAAUUUGGCACUAAAAUCCAUUUGAGUACCAUUUGUUCUAGAAAAAGUUCAAAAUAUUCUAAAUCAAAAAUCAAAGCUUCAUGUAUUUAUUAUAGAACUUUUGAACUUUUUCUAGAGCAAAUGGUACUAAAACAAAGUUAAGUGUCAAAUCUUAACAUUGCUAGAAUCAUGUAUUAACUGUGUAGACUAGCGGCGAGCGCGUGUAUGCAACACAUCUCCGUUCUCAUGAUAGAACCUCAUCGUACUCUUUCGCUUGGGAAAUAGAGAAAGAGGAAGAUAAAAGUAAACAAUUGAGGAUAAACUCUGUAUCAGCUGAAAUAAUUUGAAAUUAAUUCAAAGUAAAACAUUCAAAACUUGAAAGAAAUAAAAUUCAAUACUAACUGUAA